CCAAUUGGGAAACCUCCGCAUUCCAAGCUGUUGUCCAAACUCACCUCCCCUUUUCACACUCUCUGCUCUCCUUCCUUCCUUUCUCUAUACGCUCCAUCCAUCUCAUCCGAAUUCGAAUUCGUACUAAUAUGCUCCUUGUCCCGUAGCAAUUUGAAGAACAUCAGAAGAAUCCUAGCUAGAGUUUGCGUUUUCCGGUCCGGCGAUCGAUCGAUGGCGAGGAGCGGCGGCGAGAGGGCGAAUAAUUCUUCAGCAUUCACGAUGUCGGGCGGCGGAGAGCUGGAUGAGAUUAUGCUCCCCGGGACCGGAUUCUCGGCGGCGGGCGGAGGAGGGAUCUACUACGAUAUGCAGCAGAUGAUGAUGCCGCCGCCGCCGCAGAGCGGAUUCGGCGGCGGAGGAUUCAUGGAGCUGCUCGACGCCAGCGGCGGCGGCGGUUGCGGAGCCGAUUUCGGAGGAUACUCCGCUCCUUCUUCUCUGUUCGAUCUGUUCCAGAGCCCGUUCCCGUCGGCGGCGGCGAACUCGACGACGGUGCAGCAGCUGGAUCUGCCGAUGUCGUCGUCGCCGGCGGCGGCGGAGUCGUCGGAAGUCGUGAACAACCCGGCGACGCCGAAUUCGUCUAUCUCUUCCUCUUCGAACGAAGGCGGGAACAGCAAGAACAGUAGCAAAGACAGGAAUCGCCUCAAAUCCGAAGCCGGAGGAGGAGGAGACGAAGAAGACGAAGACGGCGAGGAAGAGCAGGAUCAAGACAAAAACAACACCGGCUCAAAGAAACAGUUGAAGCCGAAGAAGACGAAGGCUCAGAAGAAGCAAAGGGAGCCCAGAUUCGCGUUCAUGACCAAGAGCGAAGUUGAUCACCUGGACGACGGUUACCGGUGGAGAAAAUACGGCCAGAAAGCCGUCAAGAACAGCCCUUACCCAAGGAGCUACUACCGUUGCACCAGCGCAGGCUGCGGGGUGAAGAAGCGUGUGGAGAGAUCCUCCGACGACCCUUCCGUCGUCGUGACGACGUACGAGGGCCAGCACACCCACCCUUCCCCCAUCACCCCGAGGGGGAGCCUCCUCGCCGGCGGCGGCGGCGGAGGGAUCGGGCAUUUGUUCGCCGCCGAUCCUUCCAUUCUACCGCCGCAGCAUCAUAUUCACCACCACUUCCAGCAGCAGCAGCAGCUGCUUCAGAAUGCGUACGUGUACAACUCCGCGCCGUCUCUCACCACCACCACCACCGCAAGUACUACAACGGCGUCGUUUUUGAGAGACAAUGGGCUGCUGCAGGACAUGGUGACGUGUCAGAUGAUGGGGAAUGUGGUGGAGCCGAAGGAGGAGCAGAGAUUUUGAGAGGGAGGAGGAGGAGGAGGAGGGUAGAGAUGUAAUAUCCACCUCGCUUCUGAAACAGCUAACGGAUGAUGAGACGGUGAUGAGGUUCUGCCUUUCUCUCUCGUUUGACUUGGUUUUUUUCUCUCGUUUUGACCGUGUUUGAAUCAUGGUCGACGUACGUGUAGAUACGGGGGGGACCCCUCAUCAUCAUUUGGGUGAUUAAGCGGUGAUGACUUGGGUUUAAUUAGUUAUAAUUAUCUUCUUCUUUUUUUUAAUUAACCAUCUGAUGGUGAUGAUUAAUGGUGGGGAUCGAGAGGGGAAGGGAACUUGAUUAGUUAGCUAGUUAAAGCUCUAUAUAUUUAUACGUUAAUUCCUUCCUUCUUUUCUCUUCUUUCUGGGUUUCAUGUUCUUUUUUUUUCCUGUACCUUUUUUUUUGGUAUCCAAGACUUGGUAUGGAUAUUAUUUACUAUAUAAUCAUCAGGUUAAUGAAUUACUAUGGCUAUAUUUGGGAUAUAAGUACUGAUAUUCUGUAUAAUUAGUGCUUCUUAAUUA